AUGUCAAGCCUACCAGAAGAAAUACAUGAAGAGAUUUUUCUGAGGUUACCAGUGGAAUCCAUCUUAACAUGUAAGUUUGUAUGCAAAUUCUGGCGCGAUAUCAUAUCUAGCCCUAAAUUUAUUAAACAUCACCUGAAUCUUAAUAUUCAGAAGAACAGCCAUGAUCCUAAGAGCAUAUUUACUGGAUUCUAUUUUGAGUGUAUUCAGUACCCUGUAGCUUUAGGGUACACCGUUCGCUAUGCGCCAUCAUGUAAUGGAGCUUUUGGGAUGGGUGACAACAGAUAUGAACGCAUUCAAAUUUUGGGCUCUUGUAACGGUUUAAUUUGUUUGCGUAUUAGCAGUGUGGGUAGAUAUAUGUUUUACGUUUGGAAUCCAUCUACGGGAGAGUAUAAGGAGAUACCUGGAAGACAACCGCUUGGAUUCCGUGUCCUAUCGUCCUUUGAUUGGCACCCGUUUAGUUAUGGGUUUGGUUAUGAUUGUGCUAGGGACGACUACAAGUUUGUAAGAAUUGGGGGCAACGAAAUUCAAGUUUACACACUGGGAUCUGAUGCAUGGAAUAAUACUCGAUCAACUCCUUACCCUAAUAAAGGGAAUAAUAGUAAUAUUAAUGGUGUAACUUUUAAUGGAGCUCUUCACUGGUUAUGUUCUACCAGAGAAACCUCCACUGAAGUUAUUGUGUCUUUUGAUAUUAGCAGUGAGACUAUUUCGUAUAUGCCGCUACCAAUAGAAACUAUGCCCGGCUCGGUUUCACGAGCAGAUGGUCUGGGAGUGUCGAGAGAUUGCCUUUGUUUAUAUGUUGCCCUCCCAAAUGAUGAUUUUGAGAUAUGGGUGAUGUAA